AUGCCAGCCACGCAGUCCGUGCCUACGGCUCUAACGCCCUCUCCGUUCCCAACCCGCGAUGGAAACCCAGGGACAACAACGUCACGCAAACGCAAACACAACCCGCUUGCGAAGAAGGCUCGCGAGGUCCGUCAUUUCUCUGCAAAGAACAUCAGAGAUAUCUCGAUCCUCGGCUUCCAGUUUUUGCAGAUGGAAUUGCUAGAACCUGACUUACCCAGUUCAAAUGCGGACGUCGAUGGUGCCGUCCGCAUCCUCAAAUCACCAUUCUUUUAUUUAAUAAACAUUAAGCUGGCAAUACUACAUGGUCUGUUGGAGCAACAUGCGAUCCAUUCUGAGGAGUCUGCGACGUACCUUUAUUUCCCCUGGAAACAGGAGUCCCUGCGCAUACUUACUGAUGGCAUCUCCCAAGCGAAGCGUACUGUGGUCUGGCUCAGCAUUGAUAGGAUCAGCCGGUAUCGCGAUCGUAAGGGUUAUAUUGUUGCCAGCUCGAUUUCUUGUGCGCAGAGAAUUCGACGCGACCUCCCACAGCUUUAUUCUGCCCAAAGUGCGCUUAUUCCGGUCUACAUUCUUGCGUACGACAAAUCUUGUCUUCGUCUCUUUAGUGUGGACAUAUCUGGCGAGCUACUUGAUGGGCUCAAAUGGCCAACCGUGGCACUGCGCAACAACCCUCCGAAGGUUCGUUUUUAUAUGGCCAAGUUCACGCAAAGGAUACGACUCGGGACGCUGCUACACUGCCUUAUCAGUGCUCUCAAGGGCGAAUGGAGCUUCCCCAACAAGUCUUCAGCAGUCGCAUCAGUCUAA